AUGUAUGAGCCUGAGACAGAAAACUUUGGGCGAGCUCCCCUGCCCUUGACUGGAAUCCUGUCAUUCUCGAUGCCAUCCUUUGACUUUUGGUAUUCGACAACCUUUUGGAUCUUCUUGUUCUGGGGACUUUGGAUUCAUCGCUAUUUCCGGCUUCUGGUUCAUUGCGUCAGCCAUUGGAGCUACAAGUCCAAGCCCAUUCCAAACAAGCCUACCUUCACCAACAAGGAUGUCACCGUGGUUAUUCCCACCAUCCACAACGCCUUUGAGGAACUUCGCCCUUCUCUCCAGAGCAUUCUGGCUUGCGAGCCGGCUGAGCUGAUCAUGGUCACUACGCAUGACAAGCGAAAGGACCUUCAGCGAUUGGCUGACUCAUUAAAUUACCCCAAGGUUCGCGUCUUCGAUACUCCCAUCGCCAACAAGCGUCUUCAGGUGUGCGAGGCCCUGCCCAAAGUGGAGACCCCCAUCACCAUCAUGGCGGACGACGAUGUGACCUGGCCUUCCACCCUCAUGCCCUGGAUCCUUGCUCCGUUUGAGGACCCUCAAAUUGGUGGUGUCGGAACCUGCCAGCGGGUUCGUCGAGAGCACGAUGGUUCUUGGUCAACCCGAGCCUGGAACUGGCUGGGCGCAGCUUACAUCGAGCGUCGCAACUUUGAGAUCUCGGCUACUCACAACAUUGACGGCGGCACAUCUUGCAUGUCUGGACGCACUGGCGCCUAUCGUUCCGAGAUUCUGUCGAGCCAUGACUUCCUUCACGGCUUCAAGAACGAGAAGUGGAGGAAGUGGAUUCUGAACGCUGAUGAUGACAACUUUGUGACUCGUUGGCUCGUCAGCCACCAGUGGAAGACCUGGAUUCAGUACGAGAAGGAGUGCGAGAUUGAGACGACCCUCGAGAACAGCCACAAGUUUUUGUACCAGUGCUCGCGUUGGGCGCGCAGCAACUGGCGAAGCAACUGGACCAGCCUGGUCACUGAGCGAUAUGUCUGGAAGCAGCAAUGGUGGUGCACCUACGCUCUCCACAUCGCGACUUUUACCUCCCUGGCCUUUGUCACCGACCCCCUUCUUCUCGCCUCGUGCUGGUGGGCGACGGCCGACUGGGAUAUCCAGAACCGCCGAUACGCUUUCUGGGCUCAGUUUAUUUACAUGUUUGCCUUUACCAAGGUGGUCAAGCUUAUGGGCCUGUUCCUCCGAAACCCCAGCGAUGUCAUCUUUCUCCCAGUGUCAAUCCUGUUUGGGUAUUUCCAUGGACUGGUCAAGCUGUACGCCUUGGUCACUCUUAAUAUGACGUCCUGGGGCAGCCGAGCCGACGGAGACACCAACGAUGAGCAGCGUUUGGCCCCGGCCCCGCAGCCCUCGAUUGUUCUCAAGACACCCCCUGGAAAGGGUUCGCUCAUCCGCUACAACGCUCGCCAGAAGGGACGGCCAGCGCAAGGACGGGGAGCGCAGUGUGGCGCGUGGGAGAAGAGCGGCUAUGCCGCCUACGACUCGAGCACAUCGUAUAUGCCUAUACGAGUGCAUACGCCUUUGACAAUAACGCCCGAAGACACCAAGCUGCAAACGAACGGAAAUUCGAUCAGCGGAGAGUGUCGGGCAAUGUGA